CCAACUUGGUUUAUCCAUCCCUGAUUUUUCUUCCAUUUCAUAUCCCCCCAUUUCUCCUCUUAAUCUCACUCUUUUCUUCCAAUUAAAAUACCCAAAAGAACUCCCUCAUCAACUCCAUAUAUUUCCAGUCCAUUCCCCCACAAAAACACCCUUCUUCCUGCCCAGAAUUCUGCCAAAUAAUCGAUUAUCAUUCCCCACAAUCGAUUAUCAAUCCCAUUGGAAACACCUGCAGGGCUCAAUAAUCGAUUAUCCCUUUAAGAUAAUCGACUAUCAGCUUCCCCAGAAAUUCUGCAGCUUUCAGUAAUCGAUUGUGACUUUGUGUAAAUCGAUUAUCUCCUGCUCCAGAACCCUGAACUAAAGUUGAAUCAUUCCUUGAUUCCUCAUCAAAAUAGCCACUCGUUUAGACCCCCGGUUCGGGUAUAACAUUUGGUAUCAAAGCUCAGCUUCGAGGCUUUCUUAAGUCUCGACGAUAACCUUGAGGACCGGCUUCGCUGCCCAAAAGAACGUUGCUGAAAUUUCUUCCCCAGAAACUUUCAGUUCCAUGGCGUUGAGCACGGAGGAUGCUACACGACGUUUUUGAAGGUGAAACUUUCCAGUUCAGUAGUUUAACCUUUUAUCUACAUCUGGCCGCUGAUUUCACUCAAUUCCGAAUUACGGUUUGAGAGAUACGCCCUCCCGAAGUUGAUAACACAGUCUUGGCCGGAUUCUGUCUACCUUGCUGAGUUUGUCUCCAAAGAGAGAACAAAUGAAGACCUGUUAUUGGAACACUUGACCAACUCUCCACCCUCAGAGUUUGAAGCUGAUGAUGAGGACACUGCAGUCUACAAACCAAUCCUCUCAAAGCCAACUGAAGAUUAGACUGUCCUCACCACCGAAGCACAGGCUGACAUGGAAGCCACAGCAGAGGAUUUCCAAUUUUUUUUGGAAACCUCCCCUGCUUUUGAAACUGUUCUGCCUGAAGCUGUCCAGGAAAAUGCAGCCUCUCCCCUGCAAGAACAGAAUCAGGAAACUUCAGAAGAAGAACUUCAGCAAUUCCUCCAAUCUGAAGUUCAAGAGAUCCUCACAACCCCUUGUGAGAUCUCCAAACCAACUGAACCUGAAAUUCCGGAGAAGUCAACAGAGAAUCUGGAAAAGUCACCUUUUCCAGAAACUACAGAGGAAGAAGCUCAUGAAGAACAAGCAGUUGAAGUCCAAAGAAGCUUUGAAGAAGCUGAAGAAGGAGCUCAAAUAGCUAGGCUGGAGGCCCCUGAACCUCUAGUAGCUAUCUCUGAGCAACAAGUUGAAGAUGAAGUCAGAGAUUCCCUCUUUAGGGAAAUCUCAAAUUAUGGAAAUGAAGAAACAGGCUCUUCAGCAACCACACUUCCGGAUGAGAUACCGGAAACCUGGAUAAGGAAGGUCCAAGGGUUAAUUGAAUCAGCCCUAAAGUCUCAGCAUGCCUCUUUUAGGCAAGAGAUAGAACAGAUGGAAACAAGGCACAACCAAAUGAUGGAAAAAUCUGAAGAAAAGUAUUGCUCAAAUCUCAACGAGAUAAGCAAAUUUGUAGACAAAACUCUAGCGAUCAUUUCUCUAUUGAGUAAGUCUGUGAGCAAUACAAUGAUGGCUUUUGCAUCUGACUGCCACCUUCAAUUCAAAGAAGCCACUGCAAUCAAGCAGCAGAUUGCCACAAUCACAGUCAACCUUCAGAACAAUCCGAAGAACUCAAUCCAGCAUCCAUCAAACACUGAGUUUGAUGGAAUAGAAGAUGUAGGAACCAUUGCCUCCCACUUCACAAAUGAUGCCCAGACAGAAGAGAGAUAUAACAACCUCAAGCGCAUCCAGGAAGAGUGUGGAGUUAUGCAAGGCAUUGGUGAAGUUGCCGGAUCAUCCAAGCGCAAGAAGAAGUGAAGGCUCCAUCAAAAUAGGGGGAAGUAUUGAAAUUAUUAUUUAUGUUUUGAUGAAAACACCAUUUUGUUUAAACAUGAGUUCUUGGUUUAAACAUUGCUUAAUACAUCUCUUAAUUAUGCUUGAACAUAUUUCUUUAAAGUAUGAUUUUUGAGAUUUAUUAUUGAGCGCAUACAUUCAGGGGGGAUGUAAUUCAGGAGGAACUUAACUGUGUUUGGCUAAUAUUUGUCUUUUGGCAAUGAACUACUGAUAAACUC